GUCUGUGUGCACGACUUGCUAACACACAUUGUAGUGGUUGUAUAGCGCUACAAACUGUGUCAUGUGCCUCUCAGCACGACUGGCUAACACACAUUGUAGGGGUUGUACAGCGCUACAAACUGUGUCGUCACGGUUGAACUAUUGAAAGGGUUUGUAAUAACAAGGUUUUAAAGGAAGUGAAACUGUUUGAAGAGGUCAGACGCUGGCUGGGACACGAUCAGCCCCUGACGGCAGACACACUUCAACACAUGCAGUACCUCAAGGCGUGUGUCAAAGAGUCGUUUAGGCUGCUGUACCCCAUCAGUGGAGUUAUGCGGGUCCUGCCUUGUGAUGUGGUCUUAAGUAACUAUCACAUCCCAGCAGGGGUACAGAUCCUCCUGGCUAAUGCUCUGACGUGCCAGCAGAAUUUUCACGAUCCCCUGACCUACUUACCCGAGCGUUGGCUGAGGUCGGAGGAUGGCCAUCUGGAUGACGUCAUACCAAAACAUGCCGUGCUGCCCUUUGGCUAUGGACCCAGGAAUUGUAUUGGACGUCGAUUUUCUAAACAGGAGCUUUAUCACACUACUGUCAAGGUAAGGGCAUAG